AUGAGUGAUUCAGCUCCUAAACAAGUAGAUGAUAUUCUGUCUGAGCUUUCUCAUUUGCGUGAAGAACAAGAAGCAACUAUAGCAGAAAUGUUCCAGGGGAAAUGCUUGAAAGCUCUUAUAAUAGGUGCAGGCCUAGGCUUGUUUCAACAGAUAACGGGGCAAUCUAGUGUAUUAUAUUAUGCUGCAACAAUUUUUCAGAGUGCAGGAUUUUCUGCAGCAUCUGAUGCAACAAAGGUCUCAAUACUUCUUGGGUUGUUAAAGCUGAUUAUGACUGGGGUCGCGGUCCUGGUUGUUGAUAGAUUAGGGAGGAGACCUUUGCUACUUGGAGGCAUUUCUGGUAUGGUAAUAUCUCUAUUUCUUCUGGGGUCUUAUUAUACUUAUCUAGAUGAUGUACCAGCUGUGGCAGUUGUUGCUUUGUUGUUAUACGUUGGAUGUUACCAGAUUGAUUUGAAUCAAUUUCCGAAAGAUGUUACAAUGGCUGACAAUAUGCAUCAUCCAAACAAGAAAACAAAUUUAUCCAGUGAUACAAGAAGAGCAAUUUUUGAGAUGCUAAUCAGUGAACGACAAGAUGGAAAGUUACAAAAGGCAUGA